AACAUCAGUAUCCGUUAUUUUAUGGGUAAUGUCUUAAAUCAUAGCCGUAUUUCCCUUUUCUCUUCCCUUAAUAGGAAUGAAACCGUAUACCUGAGUAAUGAUUGGCGAAUGUACUGGGAAUGCUGCUCUAUUCUUUACCCAAAUGCGCCAUGCAGACUGGCGUCCCCCUGUCGAAAUGGAGGGGUCAAGUCACAAGAUGGCGCUCGGUGUAUUUGCAAACCCGGUUGGAGAGGAUCAAGCUGUCUGGUACCAUGCGCGGCAGGGUACUACGGACAUGGGUGUUCAAGGAGGUGCAAGUGUGGCAGAGGAGCAGAGUGCGACCCCAUGUCAGGGGUGUGUUCAUGCUUGGAUAGAGACAGGUGUGAAUCUCGGUGCCGGUGGAACUCCUGGGGUACAUCAUGCCAGCAUCGGUGUAACUGUAAGACUGGUUGUCAAUGUGAUGCAGAUACCGGAGAGUGCAUCUGCAGAUCUAGAUCUCCAAGAAAUCGGGUGUCCAGUCCGGCAAAUAUGUACCUAGCCACCCUAACCCAGGCAGGUUUCCUCAAUGUCUGUGGUGGAGAGUGUAUGAACGGUGGUACCUGCAGGACCAGUGGGGUGUGUAGAUGUCGUAAUGGAUUCAUCGGGAGAUUCUGCGAGAACACCUGUCCCGAAGGCUCCUAUGGUCGGAACUGCCAAGAGACCUGUCAAUGUUCAUCCACGGCCGAGUGCCUACCCGAAUCAGGGCUUUGUAUGUGUCCAGGAUAUGCAGCAUCUCAAUCAGGCGGUUACGAUGACAGCGACGAGGACGAGUCCGACUCCGAAUACGAUGAGGACUCGUCCGAUAGUGAGUUAAUGAACCCUGUGUCAUCAUCAUACAGUAUGUACCACUGCACGGGACGGUGUCCGGUCGGGAAAUAUGGACCCUACUGCAUGCAGACCUGUAAUUGUCCCGCGGGACUUCUCUGUAAUGACGUCAGCGGGAACUGUGAAUGUCCCGAAGGUGAGGUGUGCGACGGAUCAGGCGGCACGACAACACAAAGAAAUCCAGUGGUGACGUCACCGCCUAAACGUAGAUUGCCAGUGACAUCAUCUCCAGCAGCAGCCAAUCCAGCUAACCCGGCUAACCCAGGCAGAGGAUCAUCAGGGACAGCGCCCGCUGCGUCCGGCCCACGCACAGGCACUGGUACCGCAUCAGGCUCAUCAUCUUGGUCAUCUUCCUCAUCAUCCAGUCACUCUGUAUCAGCGACCGGUAGCAAGUACCCUGCAGCGGAUCCAAACGACGGCACGGGCACGAGCAAGGCGGCGAAGCCGGAGAUCGCUCUCCAAGGCGACAAUACGGCGACGUCAGAGGAGCGGCUUGGUAGAGGAGAAACCCUGACAUUGUGGGCCGUGAUCGCAGUGUCUUCCCUUUUGUUGCUCGUUGUCGCAUCCGUUCUCAUCGCCAUCCUAAUCAAACGACAACAUCAGGGAUCAACCGUUCAUGUAGAAGGAUCACACAAGAAGAGACUGGAAGAUACUAACGUCUAUGAGAUUGUCGAAUCCACCAAUGGUCCAUACAGAAGCAAUAGCAAGACCAUAGACAAGCUCGCAAAGAAAGCCCGGGAACGUGCCGAAUCCUUCAAAGCUCAGGAAAGCAUUAGUUCCAUCACCAAAGAGAUAUACCUUCUACGUACAUCGUCACUAAGCAACAUGUCUACCUUGAAUGUUCCAAGGAAAGACCACAAGGCAACCGAACUCUUUGCAAAUUGGGCCAACAGUCUCCGUCUUAACAAAUCCACCAACUCACUCAAUGAAGGAAGCUCGUCACCAGGCUCGUCUCGAAGUAGAUCGAGCUCCAACACUGUGACGCAGCCGUAUGCCACCAAGACAGUCCCCCUUGAUAAUGACUUUGAUGACUACGCAGAACCGGUGGAUCAUGUUUCAACCUUGAGCAAAGAUUUCCAACCUAAGAGGCCUCUGACAAUGACGAAUUCAGAUUCCAGGAGCAGCGAUCGCGGUUAUCAAUCAAUGUACACAUCUUCCGGCUCGAACUCCUCAUCGAACAGGACAUCGGCAGUUUAUAAGCCAACAGAAGAUAGUGAUUAUGAUGAGUUGGAAGAGGAGGUGGUAGACCAGGAGAAGAUCAAGCACUUCCGGUUGACGAGAUCGUACACGUACUCGGCCCCGUCUAAGGAUCAGAACGGAGAAUAUAGUUGUUUGAAUAGAGGUUUGAACACCAAUAACAGGCGUGGCCCUGACGACAAGCAGAAUACGUCGCGAGGAAACACUGGAUACUGCAGUGCCGUAAAGACAGCAGAGACUGAUGGCGAGUACUCACAUCUCAAUCGUUCAGCAAAGAGACUAACCCAUAUUCCUACCAGGAGGAUUCAAGCUCCAACCCUACGCCACGACGAUGAAGACGACUAUGAUUACUUAGAGGCAAAUAAACCAGAACAGAACACGACAAAAGGCAACGGCAAUGUCCACAAGAAAUCUGAUGGCAAAGUGGAUACCCGUAAGAACCUUCCAGGAGAUGGAGGGUAUGACUUACUCAACAGACCAUUCAGAGCCAACAACGAUCAAUAUGAAUCCAUAUGGCCUGGUAAAAAAUGAACUUUCGUCGGGGUAAGCUUUAAAGGAGCUAAGUCAACGCUCGCAUCACGUUGAUCGACCUGUAGGCCUACUCAAAAGUUCUUUAAAAUGGCUCGAAGGGAGGUAUUUGUGUAUUUUGGUGCCAUACUGAAUGUACUGAAGGACGGUAACGCUGUGCGCGUAAGAAGCGAAUACCUUUGAAGAAGAACUCAUCUCCAUAAACUUCGAUGCUGUCGAAUAUUAACACAAACAAAUUUGGAAGGAACUGGAUUUUUUUAUUGUUUGCACUAACGAAUUUAAAAUUUUCAAAAGUGGUAGCCAUUCAUUAGGAUAUACAAUUUCGUUUCAAUCUUGUAUGGUUACAAUAGCCGUUGUGCAGAAUAACAUCGUCACCAUCCGCGGUAUUCCAUCAGCAUAUUUCCUUUAAUUCUUCUCGUUCUUUUUUAUUUUAUUUGGAAAGUAAGAAAGUUCUUAUAUUAAUGCCAUAAAGUUGGUGAACAAUUAUGAUUUUCUUCCAUUAUUUCGGAAGAUAUUUUUAAUAAUUGUGUUUGUAGUAAGAUGAGUUUUAAAGGAUAUGAAA